GAAGUAAUUCAUUUUCUUCUCAGAUGCCCCUGUAAAUGUCCGUCCUAAUGUCUUUGAGAAGAUCCUGCAGCCCGGACCCAGCAGUAAGAAAUCCAAGACGUUCCAGUUAGAGCUCCACUACCGGGCCACACAGGAGUCCAACAAGUUCUCAGUCAUCCUUAAUAACAUGAAGGUCAUGUGUAUCUUUGAUUGGAUUCUGUCCGUCCGCGAUUUCAUCAUGGAGAGUCCUGAGGAUCCCUUCAUUAUGGAGAAAGAGUCCGUUGCUGAAGAUGUAGUGAUGAGUUCACCUGAGGUCAGCAGACAGACGUCUAGAGAUUCCACUAAAACUACGAGUCCUCUGACCGUGUCUAGUGGUAUAAUGACAAAGAGAGGGCCUAUUGUAGAGGAGGUGGAGGUGCCCUUUGAGUUGAAGCUGAAUGUGUCAGACACACAGUUCAUUGUCGUGGAAGACAGCUCUACCUGGGACACUAAUGCUGUCAUUCUUAAAAGCACAGCAAUACUGAAUUUCCGCCCCAAAGCCAAGGACAAAAUUCUGACGUGCACUCUUCAGUCUUUGGAGGUAUUUUCCUGCUCUUUGACAGCAGAAGAGGAGACGGCUCAGUCCAUCAUAGAUCCACUAACUAUCCACAUCGAUCUCAAUGCUAAUCCACUUCCCAAACAUAAACUGUCAUCAUCCGCUGGAUUACUGGAGGCCUCUCAGGUCCACCAAAAUAACCUUGUCCUCGAGAUUACAUUUAAUGUUAUGAACAUUCGACUGUCCUACAUUGACAUGAAAAUGUUCCUGGCGAUAUUGAACUCCAUCCCAGAGCAGGCACUGAAAGCAACACAGCAUGACAAGCCAACAGAUAAAGCCUACCCUGCUGACAAGAUAAGCAGUCUCUAUGAUAUGGGCUUCAGUAUGGAGGAUUGUAAGAAAGCUCUAGAUCUGAAGAAGAUGAAUUUGAUGGAGGCGGCAGUCUGGCUGACUGAGAACGCUGUACCAGAGGAGAGGGGCCAGUCACAAGAGGGGGGACUUCAUAUCACGGGGAUGGAGAUAAAGUCAUCCUCUGUGUGUGUUUGCCUGAUAGACGAUUGUGGGGACUCCGAUGUGCCACUGGCAGAAAUUUCCUUCAACAGCAUUCAGUUCUCCCAGCAGUUUCUCCCAAGACAAGAGGGGAGUGGAUCUUUUAUUUUGAUGGGUGACUACUACAACAGGAAACUGUCGGGAUGGGAGCCAUUUUUGGAACAGUGGAAAUGUCGAUGUGAAUGGAAACAAUACUAUCAAAAUAUGGAGAAGAAAACAGCCAUUCAAAUUAAUGCACAAGAAGUAUUGAAUCUGAACAUUACCAGUACACUGCUGGAGCUGUACAACCAGACUAAAGUGACAUGGUCAGAGGACUACUAUAAACAAAUUGUCCCAGCAAAUUCCCAGAACCAUCCCCACCAGGCGAGCCGUACUGCUGUGAGCUGUCAAAGGAGAAGAGUUCCAUUUGUUCCCUUUAUGUUGUCCAAUGAAACGGGCUGUACUCUCUGGUUUACCACGGUGACCACCACACCAAGGUCAGGCAGAAGAAAAGGUACCAAAGAUGACCACUAUAUAAAGGCUUCAGAGUGGAGAAAAGUGGAGUCGGGAGAAAAAAUGCCUUUCUUCUUCCACAACAAAGAGAAAAAUCGCCAUGAGAAAACUCAUGAGUUGAGCAUCAAUCAGCUGGUUGUGAAGGUGGAUGGGUGGUUGAAGCUGUCCAAUGUGUCGGUGGAUCGUGUGGGGGUGUACUUCAGACACGCUGAACCUGAUGUCUCACAGGCCAAAGGAUUAGCUGGGUUAACAUACAGUUCUAAACAUGACCCAUCCAUCCAGAAGCCAGCAAGAAUUGUGUUUGAUGUCAAACAGGAAGGAAAAGCUCGUAAAUUGAUAACGGUCAGAUCAGCCCUGAUUGUUCGCAAUGAACUGGACUCCAGCAUUGACCUUAAGAUGGCCACACAUUCAGGCUUGGAAGGUAAAUUUAAUAUCAUGGAAAUCCCAGCCAAUGGAACCUUACCACUUCCACUACCAUAUGUGUCUUCCAUGCUAUAUGUCAGGCCAUCUGAUUGGCCGGUAAAGUAUUGCAAUCAACCAAUCCAAUGGCAGCAUGUUGGUUUGGCAGGGGAAGUCAAGGAGAGAAUAAUGAAAUGUGACUCUUCUGAAGGAAAUGGAGUUUAUAGAUUCUGUGUGUCGGUCAAGCGGGAGAACUACCCUGAGCAGUUACUGACCGAGGACUCGAGUUUGAUUCUACCAGGACACACUGUAUCCAUACGUCCCCCUGUGAUCAUUCGUAACCUGCUGCCCAUAGAGCUGAGGUACUACAUCAAAGACACACAGAUCUGUGGGACAGUGAAGACAGGAGAGAAGGCCUACCUACAUGCUGCAGACCCCCAGCAGGCUAUGGAGCUGGGACUGAAUCUGGAGAACUUCCCUGCCUGUAAAGAGUUGGUGGUUCCCCCCGUCACCACCGGCCCCCAGUACCACAAGGUUAAGAUUCGUCUGUACGACACCAAGAAACGAUUGCUGGAGUUACUCAUCAAAAUCAUCUUCAGGAAGGGAGGGUCCGUCUCUAUCCAUGUGACGGCCCCUUACUGGUUGGUCAACAAGUCGGGGCUCCCCCUGGUGUUCAGACAGGACUUCUCCCAGCAGGAUGCUGCCGGACAGUACGAGGAACAUGAACUGGCCCGCUCUGUCACCCCGCUACUGUUCUGUUACGCCGAGAAGGACCUUCCCAAUCUAUGUACAAUGAGAGUAGGAAAGUCAGUGCAGGGUCCAGACAGUGUACCUGUGUGGUGUAAGCGGUUCUCCUUGGAGAGUGGUACUGGCAUGAGAAGACUGAAUGUGGUUCCCAAGACUGGCAACCGCCCAGACUGGGUAUACAACAUUGGUAUAGGGGUUCACCAAGGGAAGGGACUCUACGCUGACACAAACAUUGUGACAUUUGCCCCCUUGUAUGAAAUUGACAACCAAUCCAGUCACAGAUUAGCGAUCGCUCAGAGACAUCUUGCCCAGUCUGAGACAAUGAAGUUAGACACCUGUUUGAUUGCCCUUCCACAAUGUAAGCUUCCAUUUCAUUGGCCAAGACUUGACCUUGACCAGUUGUUAUGUGUAAAUCUAUUGGAUGUUGGAUCUUCCUCCUGGUCAGGUGGAUUCAGAAUUGACAAAACAGAUUCUUUCCACAUUAAUAUAAGGGAUGAUCAGAAUGUGAGUCAUCUACUGAAGGUAGAGAUUGUGAUGGAGGGACCCACCUAUUUCAUCGUGUUUGGGGACGCAGGGGAAGUCCCCCCUCCCAUUAGAAUCGACAACUGGGCUGAAAUUCCUGUGGAAUAUUUCCAAAGUGACACAACAGAACAGAAGCUGAAAGCUUUUGUUCAGCCUCGGGUACAAUUACCUUAUGCCUGGGAUGAGCCAAUGUUGAGUCACUCAAUAACACUGAGAGUUAAGGGAGGAACUAGUGCCACCUACAAUAUGGACAAACUGGAGGAAGGGAAGCAACUCUGUUAUCCCAACUUUAUUUACCUCAGAGCAUCAGCUACCUUUCCAAGAAGGUCGACACAGGAUAGUCCUCACACAGAACUGGUUUUAGAAGUUGUUCAAGAUCAGUACAUCAAAUUUUGUAAAAAGGAGAUUGGUAAUCGUAACCAGUUAUGGAGAAUGACCAGCGGGGGUAUGUUAGAGCAUGAGGGGUCGAUAUCUCCCCGAGACCCCCACAAUCGGUCCUCCUACCCCUCAGGGAAGAGUAUGGUACUGGACAUAGAUGACAUUGCCCCCAGACCGGGCAGGAUUGUCCCCCUCACCCUCAGAAAACGAGACGAGCGCAGGAAAGCCACACAGACCUGGAAGUUCACUGAGGAUGGUCGAUUGUGCUGUGUUGAUGGUGCUAUGUGUGUACAGACACUGGGAGGGGGGGAGUGUCUGAGGGACUCGGCUGUAGCUGUUGUGGGGCCUGGUCCCCCCUCAGGGAGGAGUGUCCCCGCCCACAUGAAGAUUGACAGACAGAGGCUCCUCCCAGGGUCCGGCUGUCUGGCUGUCAGGACCGUCAUGGAUGGACCAAUCAGAGUGCUGCAAAUCACUGAUGUUUCUCAAGGAUCUGUUGCUGAAGUAACAAAGAACUACCAAGACUGGGUCGUUUGUGAAGAAGAUAAGGUGGCUGAGAUAGAAAAUAAAUCAACAGAGAAGAAAUCAAGCUUAGAGAUUUGUAUGAGUCUGAAGGAUGGAUUGGGUUUAUCCCUGGUAAAUUACAGCCCUGAGGAGCUGGUCUAUAUCUCACUUCAAAACAUUUCCCUGGACUACAUCUCUAACCCUAAUUACAUGACUGUGGAUGUAGCAGUAGCCAAUGUACAGGUGGAUAAUCAGCUGUUCACAGCCACCAGACCUGUUCUGUUGUACAUCACACCUACCCCUAGAAGAGACAUCCCAGAAAAUACUCCAGCUCUCCAUGUGGUGGCCCAGAAAAUUCCCAACUCAAAGUGGAAUGCCGAGAUUUAUAAACACUUGAUUGUAAACAUGAAGAAACUGAGCAUUCAGGUUGAGGAGGAACUGUUAUGGAAGCUGUUACAGUUUUGUGGAUUUGGGUCAACUGACCACCUGGAUGAGAAAGUCACAGAGGGAGAGGAUCCCAGAAAAGCACUUGCAGCGGCCACUUCAGUGAAGACCAAGAGAUAUUACUUUGGACUCCUGAAAAUCCACACGAGUCGUGUCAAUCUGAGCAUGCUCACUGCCUCUAAACUGUCAGCUGACCUGAAGGCUCUGAAGAGAGACAUGUCUCUACCACUCGUCAGAUUUGAAGAUGCCAAAGUGGAUCUAGAUCCUUUCAUCAAAAGUCACCUGUUUGAAACCAUUGUCUUCCUUCAGAAAGAGAUAAGAUUCCACUACACUGAGGAGCUGAAGAGUCAGGCAGCCAAGAUCCUGGGUUCUGUGGACUUUCUGGGGAAUCCACUGGGUCUGUUUAAUGAUGUCACAGAGGGAAUUUCUGGUCUGAUCAAUGAUGGCAAUGUGGGGGGUCUUCUGAAAAACGUCACACACGGAGUGUCAAACUCUGCUGCCAAGGUUGUAGGUUCACUGUCUGAUGGACUUGGAACACUGAACAUGGACAAGAAUUACCAGGACAGACGGGAGCAGUUGAGGACCGGUGCCCAGUCCAGCGGGGGGCAUAUACUGGCCGGGGUCAAAGGUUUUGGUAAUGGACUGUUUGGCGCUGUGACCAGUAUAUUUACUCAGCCCUAUGAUGGCUUCAAGGAAGAUGGUAUUGAGGGCCUUGUGACAGGGAUAGGGAAGGGAGUGAUUGGUACGGUGACUAAGCCUGUAGUGGGAGUACUCGACCUUGCCUCAGGAGCAGCUAAUGCUAUCAGGGACACCAGCAGUAGCAGCUCUCGUAUCAGUCCCCCGCCCCUCCGACUCCCACGGUGCUGUCACGGGGCGGGGAUGCUGCUGCCUCCUUAUUCUCAAAAUGAUGCAAAGUCACAGAAACUACUGCAUGAUCUCAACAAGAAGAACCUGGAGGAAUUUUUCAUAGCUGUAGAACAGCUGAGGAGAGAAGACAGACUGAUGUCUCUGAUCACCUCUAAACAGGUGUACUUCUUACUGGGGGGUGAGGCUGACUCUGGGAACAUCAUUCUCAAGGUCCCCCACAAAGAGCUGUUCCAGUGUCUGGUGGUGGAAAUCAAGGGCAGAUAUUACCUGGAGCUUGUGAGGGUACAAACAUCAGAUUCUGAUCAACAGAGGGUCCCCCAGAUAAGAUGUGACAAACAGACCGUGGCUGAAAGGGUGAGUCAACAGAUCAACUACGCCCAUAAUUUGUAUGAAGAACAACAACACACUCUGACGUCUACAGAGGCUGAAGAUACAUAGUGGAUAAAUAGAGAUACAUAGUGGAUGAAUAAAGCCAUCAGGAACAAAUGUUAAUAAAUAGAGCCAUCAGGAACAAACAUGUCAUAUGUGGUUUACUUUAUCAUACGUGAAUAACUUUAUAACUUGAUGAUAGAAACUUUGAAAAACUCUGCAUAAUGAACAAUUUUCCUCAUACACAUUUCCAGGAAUGUAUUUUGAUUAUACAAUUAUUUAUUGUAAUUGUAACUUGAUAUUAAAGAUAUGAUUGCAAGACUUAGUUUAAGAGAUUGUUAUAAUUAAUGCAUUUAUCUGUCAGUAAAUGAAACAUUCAACAGCUGGUUAAUCAUAAUGUUGUGCUUCAAUUCUAAUGAUAAACAAGUGUUCUGAAUGUAUUAAAUAAUCAGAUUUGAUUAUAAACACAUGAUAAGAUUUGCAUGUGUAUGAUUAUGAUUUUAUUGAAGCUCUUUCUUUUUAAUAUAGACAUGGAUCUAUAUGGCUUAGAGUUUUUGUUUGUUAUUUUGCCAUUUGUUGAUUAUUAAAGCAUAUAAUGUUCAU